CUUCAAGAGGUCAUUGAUCAAACAAUGGCGGUCUAACGUCGUCAGUUGUACAAAAUUCGAAUCACCUACGUCAACGGUUUCCGGCGUUCCGCUCUCCGGUGACGGUCGACGAGCUAAUGAUUGGCAAGCGACGAUUGGUUGUUCUUUUGAAUCUCUCCAAUGCAGCCGAUUCAGCUGCUGAUCAUUCAGAUAUUAUUCCAUUAUCAGGUAAAGAGGCUCUUCCCCCGUGUGGAUCUCUCAAUUCUCAUUAAUGAAGACUGAUUGGGAAUGAGUAGAGCGCCGGCACCGAUGUUUGUUACUGACGGCGGGCGUACACGAUCUAGAUGAAAUGGAAAACAGUACCAUUCUUUCAUCGCCAUUGGUCAGCUUGGUCGUCAGUAACCUCUCACAUUCCUCUCCUACCCCAGCAACCCGGAUGGACAGCAUGAUGGACAACCCUUUAGAAUUAGCAAGUGACGAACAAUUACGCUUAACCCGACUAGUGGUUCAAAAGUGUUUGGUGCCUAUCAUCACCUGCGCAGGCGUAACCGGAAAUGUCGUCAGCAUUGCAGUUUUGACUCACAAAAGCAUGAAGACGUCAACCAAUUGCUACUUGACUGCUUUGGCUAUUUUUGACAUUCUUUAUCUAGUAACAAGUCUGGCACUGAGUUUGAAACAUUAUGAAGACAUUAACGAGCAGAAAAUAUACAAGUAUUUUUAUCUUUAUUCUCGUGUGUUGGCCGACAUUUGGUCGAACGUAUCUGUGUGCUUGACGGUGACGUUUACUUUAGAACGGUACGUAGGAGUCUGUCACCCAAUCAAAGGCCGCGCGGUCUGUACUCCCAAAAGAGCCCGGAUUAUAACGUGUUGUGUCGUUUUAUUCGUAUUGAUCGCAACAUCACCAGAAUUCUUAGAGUGGGAAGUUUUUGAAUCAAAAAACGAUAAAAACCUAACAAUUACCGAAAUUAUAACCACAGAAAUUGGAGAAAGCAGAGCCUACACGGUGUUUUAUCAUUGGUUUAUAGUUGCAAUGUUUACAUUUAUUCCGCUAGCGGCAUUAUUGGGCUUCAACAUUAUUCUUAUUCGUUCAGUGUGUAAAGCUAACCGUAUACGAAGGCGAAUGACGUACGUCGCCGUGAACCGGCCUGGGGAGGCACAUUCAGGAGAACAUACAAGAAUCACGUGUAUGUUGAUCAGCGUCGCCUUUGUGUUUAUCAUUUGUCAGCUUCCUACAGCAACAAUGAUGUGCUAUAUUACUUACUUAGAACUUUCCGGGACGGAAUUAACUCAUACUGAAAACAAUUACCGCAAAAUUGCAGGAAACGUUGCAAACAUUCUCAUAUCACUAAACGCUGCAGUGAACUUUAUUCUAUACUCUGUAAUGAGUACGAAAUUCAGAAAGGUUUUCCAGCGAUUGUUUUGCAAACACUCCAGGUACACCCUAGGAAAGAGCAUAUCGGAAUAUUCCUAUUCUACGGGGAUGUCCACGGUCCGGCGAAUUUCAUCUUGUCGUGACGCGGAAAACAGGCGAAUCGGCUUGAAUUCCCACUCGCCCGAAUACCUAAUCAGACGCCUCCGACCCCCUGCAACUCCGCAUCGUUCCCAAGAAUCCCUUACUUCUAGAGAAUCUUUCAAGCGGAAUAGCUGCUACACAAAACGCUCGUACACAGAUACUGUUUUGUGACGAAAACGAGAUCCAAGGUCGAGUGUCAAGAAUGAAAUUGACGUCUUAAACCAUCCGCGGCUUUCAGCGGAUUUCCGACGUCAGUCAAACAUUUGUUUGCGCAAACAGGCUCAAUACAGCGUGCUGUUGAAAAUUGAAAUAUUGUCGUUGAAGUGUAAGAAUACUGCAAUCCGAUCAUAGCUUUGCAAAAAGGAUGAUAUCGAUACAAAUCAAUGACUGUAUUUAUUUUAUUUUUUUGUAUCUAAUACAUGUACGUAAAAAGAUAAGUAAAAAUAAAAAAUUAAAUGUCUUUAAUACGCCGAAUACAGUAUGUUAUUCUUAAUUAAAAUAAUUUGUUAC